AUGCGUUAUUUUAGAGUCUUGUACAACUUUAACGCAGAAGAUAAUGUAGAGCUUAGUGUUAAAAAGGGUGAAAUCGUUAUCCCCAUUGACGGUGAUGUAAUGGAUGGAUGGAUUAAAGUGGAAGUAUUAAAUGAUGCGAAACGCCGUGGGUUUGUGCCUCUCAACUUUCUGCGUGAAACCACACAACCCAGCGAAUCUCCACAGGCACCGCAGCCUCUCAGUGGGGCGACUCCCACGGCCCGUCAGCCCUCCGCCAUUCCGAAGGGCACCCCGUCGUCCUUCACCUCCGCCGCACUGGACUACGGCGACACUUUGCAGCACAUGUACACAAGUGGCACGCGGGAACCAUCCGUGGCCUCACGGCGAAGUCAAUCCGCCGAUCAACGCACACAACGACCCUCGCAAGUCUUGGGAAAAACAACAACAUCAACAUCAAUGACCCAACAGAGACGACAAUCACCACCAUUACAACAAGAACAACAACAACAACAACAGACGGUUACUUCACUUCCUUCCGAUCCCUCAUCUGGACGAUCACUAUUAAAUGAUCCAAAUGCAGUGAUAGAAGCUUUUAUGAAAAAUGAGCUUCAUUUUAAACAACUUAUUCGACAACGUCAGGAUGCACUUGCCCAAAUGCGUUCUACACUUGAGGGAGCCAUGGUUGAAAUGGCAGCAUGUAAAGAUAAAAAUGCCACUUUGGCACGCAAACUGCGUGACUUGGAUCUAUCUAUAGAUAAAGAAAGAAAGCGCUGGAAGGAGCGCAUUGAAGAAGAAAAAGCGUUUAUUGCUCGAUCCAUGCCACAAGACUAA